GUCGGCCCAUGGGACACGUGGAGCUCUGUCGCGGCGCCGGCUCUCUCCCUCACCACUUGCAUUUCCUCCCUUCCUUUUUCCGCCUCCGUUUUCCUCCCCCUCCGACACCAGCCCACCACGCGAGAACUCGUCAGAUAUUUAUGAGCGCAGCCGCGGGUUAACCUUCCCUUCUCGCUGCCGUGCUCCUGCUCGUGCGCGCGUUCGCAAUCGUAGCGCUGGGGUUGAGCCGCGAGUGGAUAAACCCUAGCCGGUGGUGUAGCUGGGUUGGUGGCUUUGAUGCCGGCGACGGCCCGCUUGUCCCCGGGUGGGUGAGAAUUCUGCGACCGGUGUGUACUGGCGACUCCAUGUUUGUGUGGGACUUCCUGGGUGCGGGGGUGGUUGGGCACUGUUCCUUUCCCAUCAAUUUGACUGAACUUUUUUGCGCUUUUCGUGCGAAUGGAGUGAGGUGACGAAGGCUGCCAUGGGCUCUAACUAUGCCACGAUUGGAUUAUAGGAUAGUAGCUGGCAGCUACCAGUUUCCUAGAACCAAUUUGUGGAUAGCGAGAGGAGUGACUGUUGUUCAGUACUUUCACCUCGAUCAUGGGUGGUGUCUGCUCAAGGAAGAGAAGCCAAUUGGUGGAUGAAGGUGACGCUCUCCAGACAUCCCCAAGGUUCUCAAAGACCAGCAGCUUAAAAUGGCUGUUGCUUACACUGCCUCGCAGCAGUUCUGAUGUUUCCGGGAAGGGACAGGGAAAUGAACCUGGGCGGUGCCCGUCCCUCAUGGAGCUUUGUGUGGCUAGAGUUUGCCAGGAUAUCGACAGGUAUUCUACUUUUGCAAUGCUGCCAAGGGAUCUCAGCCAGCAGAUUUUCAAUGAAUUAGUAAAUUCAAACCGUCUUACAGAGGCAUCACUUCAAGUUUUUAGGGAUUGUGCUCUGCAGGACAUUGGCUUAGGGGAGUACCCUGGAGUAAAGGAUGCUUGGAUGGAAGUAGUGGCAUCUCAAAAGCAGUCAUUGUUGUCGGUUGAUAUUUCUUGCUCUGAAGUAGCUGAUAGUGGGAUAGAUCUUCUUAGAGAUUGCUCAAGCAUGCAAAGUUUGGCAUGUAAUUACUGUGAUCAAAUAUCCGAAAGUGGUCUGGGAGUACUGUCAGGAUUGUCAAACCUAUCUUCUUUAAGCUUCAAGCGAAGUAAUGCUGUUACUGCUGAAGGAAUGAGAGCCUUUGCAAAUUUAGUUAACUUACUAAAUCUCGACCUUGAAGGUUGCCUAAAGAUUCAUGGUGGCCUUAUUCAUUUAAAAGAUCUGACAAAGCUCGAGUCAUUGAAUAUGAGAUAUUGCAAUUAUAUUGCGGAUUCAGAUAUCAAAUAUUUAACAGAUCUGACAAAUUUGAAGGACCUUCAAUUGUCAUGUUGUAAGAUCACAGAUCUGGGGGUGUCGUAUAUCAGAGGCUUGCAGAAGCUCACUCACUUGAACCUAGAGGGCUGCCCAGUGACUGCUGCUUGUUUGGAAGCUAUUUCAGGAUUGUCUUCAUUGGUAUUGUUGAACUUGAACCGUUGUGGUAUAUACGAUGAUGGCUGUGAAAACUUUGAAGGUCUUAAAAGGUUGAAGGUUUUAAACUUGGGGUUUAACUAUAUUACAGAUGCUUGUUUGGUGCAUCUGAAAGAAUUAAUCAGUUUGGAGUCUUUGAACUUGGAUUCGUGCAAGAUUGGAGAUGAUGGUCUAUCACAUCUGAAAGGUCUUGUGCUACUGCAAAGCUUGGAGCUUUCUGAUACUGAAGUUGGAAACAAUGGACUCCAGCAUCUAUCUGGUCUUCGUAAUCUGCAAAGUAUUAAUCUCUCAUUUACUUUGGUCACGGACAUUGGUGUGAAGAAGAUCUCUGUGUUGAAUUCGCUGAAGUCAGUUAACCUUGACAAUCGCCAAAUUACUGAUGUUGGCCUGGCAGCACUUAUAAGUCUCACUAGGCUGACUCAUCUUGACCUUUUUGGAGCUUGCAUAACUGACAAUGGCACAAAUUGCUUCAGAUAUUUUAAGAAUCUUGUUUCUCUUGAAGUCUGUGGUGGGUUCGUUACUGAUGCUGGAGUGAAGAACAUCAAGGAUCUGAAGGCCCUGACGUUGCUGAAUCUUUCUCAAAAUGCUAAUCUGACAGACAAAACCUUGGAGCUGAUCUCUGGCCUGACUGCUUUGAUCAACUUGAACGUGUCAAACUCACGGGUGUCCAAUGCUGGUCUCAAACACCUGAAUGACCUGCACAACCUGCGUUCACUGUCUCUAGAUUCCACCCGGGUGACGGCAAACGAGAUGAGGAAGCUUCGAGCAACAGUGCUGCAUAAUCUGAUCAGCAUGCGGCCAGAGUAGUACCCAUUUGGCACCUGCUGUAAAUAAUCAUUAGGUUCGAGCAGGUUGUUCUGUUGGUAAGUACUGCCUUCGUUCUCGAAUAUUUGUCGUCCGCUAGUUCAUUUUUGAACUAGACCGCGAUAAAUAAAAAAGAACGGAGGGAAUAUCUUGUAAGAACCUGAAUUGAAGGCAGGCAUAUAAUUAUAUAAGUUAACAAUGUGGUCUUGUGCUGUGUCAGCGAGCUCGUUCGUUUCAGGGUGAUGCUGAAGAAAUGGCACUAUGGCAGCUGCUUUGCACUGAAUUGUAAAUAGCCUUUCUCGCCAUCUGGGAACUGGGAUGCAUACGUGGGUCGCCCUUUUUUAUGUUUGGGUAGAUUAGAGUUGAAUGUGCGUUAUGUACUUGUGUUCUGAUGAGCACCGAAUGCUUAUUUUGUCACAUGCUGUUAUUUACCGGCCUUCCCCA